AUGUGGCUACGGAAAGUGCUGAAAUUAUGGUGGCAAAGCUUCGAGCGGAGGUCGAAGGAAUUUCUGCGCAGCACAUCCUUGCAGGGCUUGAAAUAUGUGUGGAACAACGAGCUGCCCGGCUGGGUGCAGCUCUACUUUGUGAAGGUGUUCAUAGUGGCCGUCUAUGUGGCCAUCAACCUGGCCGUGAAUGUGUUCCACAAGUGGCAGAGCACGCCCGUGAUCAUUGGCAUUAGCCCAACGGUGACUGCGAUACAGAGCAUACCCUUCCCAGCGAUAACUGUGUGCAGCAUGAACAAGGCCAAGAGCUCCAUAGUGUCCACAUUUCAAAAUGGUUCGCUGGAGCACGCGAUGCUGCAGAAGGCGUGCAACCAGGAAUUCAAUUACACUCGCUUCAGUUCCUUUAGGCCACGCCUCAAGCGCAAUUCGUUUGCCGAUUUCAUUUUUAAUAUCUCGCACAAGUGCGACGAGAUGAUGGUCUCCUGCGAAUUUGGCCAGAAGACUCUGCCCUGCACGGAUCUAUUCCGGGAGAUCUACGUGGACGAGGGCCUCUGCUGCGUCUUCAAUUUUCUGCAUCCGUAUUAUUUAUACAAGCACAGUGACUCUACACUCCGUGAUUAUACUUCCUCCAAGGGUCUUUCGGAUAUUGCUGUAGAUUGGAAUCCCAUCACGGGCUAUCCAAAAUAUUUACCUGCUGGAUAUUAUCCCCGUCCAGGUCUUGGCAUGGGCAUUUAUAACGGUCUGAAAAUUGUGCUCAAUGGGUUUACAGACGAGUAUUAUUGCUCCUCAACUAAUGGACAAGGAUUUAAGGUACUUCUAUACAACUCCAUCGAUCAGCCGCGCUUAAAGGAAUCUGGAUUACCCAUCAUGCUAGGUCACGAAACCAACUAUCGCAUCGUGCCGAAUAGCUAUGAAGCUGUCCCAUCCAUACGCAACAUCGAUCGCAUGACGCGAAAAUGUAUUUUCAGUGAUGAGCAGAAGCUCCUCUUCUACAAGUACUACACACGGCGCAACUGCGAGGCAGAGUGUGAUGCGAUCUAUUUCCUAAGGCUCUGCGACUGCAUACCCUAUUACCUGCCCUUGAUCUAUCGCAAUGCCACCGUUUGCCAUGUCGCCCACUUCGAUUGCGUGAAUCGGGCGGAGCUCGGGAAUGCGGAUGGCGAGAGUACGGAGUGCAAGGAACUCUGUCUCACUGGCUGUCACGAUGUCACGUACUUUCCCAAUGCGUUCAGCAUACCCAUCAUUCCUUUCCAGCAAGAUAGUGUUAGCUCUCAGGGCGAUUUCUUUAAAAACUUCUCAACGGAUUUCAUUGUUACGAACUUGGCGAUAGUUAACUUCUAUCACGACGACAAUUACUUUCGCAGCCAUGUGAGAUCCUCCUACACGGGUCUCACGGAAUAUAUGUCUUUAACUGGUGGCAUUAUGAGUCUGAUGUUUGGUUUUAGCGUAGUUUUCCUUGCGGAACUAUUCUACUUUAUCUUUCUGCGCUCACUCUUCCAGUACAUACAGCAUUGGUCACCAAAUCGUCGAAAUCGGGUUAAUAUGCAAUACUCGGAUGAAAAUUAA